AACUUCUUGGUAAGUUAAAUAAUAGUUUAAUCAUAAUUUGUCUGUCUAAUUUAAGGAAGGAAUAAAAAUAGACAAAUUAACUAAUUACUUUAAACUUGGAACAACCGGCCCUAAGGCCGGUAUUCUAUAAGAAAUUGUUCUCCUAUGGGAUAUAUCGUAUCAUCCGAUCUCGUGUGAAUCUUCAAUUAUAUUUAAGACAUUCUGAAGUUCAUCUUGGCUGCAUUCCCUAAUUCACGGCCAAUACUGAAAAUCUGUAGUUCAUGUAACGUAUAUAGAAUUUCAGUGCUGUCAGUGAAUUACAGAACGCAACCCUUGAGAUACUUCGUAGCCAAUAAAAUAAUCCGUGCAACAUAACAACAAACAACAGACAAAUAACAACAAAGAACAGCCCAGAUAGCAAAAUGUGCGCAAACAUGUCUUUUAGACUUCUAAAAGAUGUCUAAAAGACGUCCUACUUCUUUUAGAAGUUUUUAAACAUCUUUGUAGACAUUGUGCUAUCUGGGAGGUAAACAAAAACAGAUCGAUUGCGUAUCUUGAAACGUGGUGAAUUCUAGUAAAUUCACUCACUUUUGUCAUUCACUUGUUUCAAUACACGCAAUCGACUCCCAGACCUCGUGACUUCCUACCGAAAAGAAACCGUGCGGUUCAAGGAUCCGAUAUUUAUCAAAGGUUUACAACGGAAUUGACACAAUAUUCGGACUGUACCAGUAGUAUUUGGUUGUUUUCCUCCGUCUUCACACAAUUAUCGCCAUAGAAAUUAUCUAAUUUAAUGAAUUACUUGCUGAUAAAUUCCUCGAUAAGAUAGUUCAGCAGUGCAAUUCCAAACAACAGACCUCAUGACUUCCCACCGAAAAGAAACGUGCGGUUCAAGGAUCCGAUAUUUAUCAAAGGUUUACAACGGAAUUGACACAAUAUUCGGACUGUACCAGUAGUACUUGGUUGUUGUCUUCCGUCUUCACACAAUUAUCGCCAUAGAAAUUAUCUAAUUUUAUGAAUUACUUGCUGGUAAACUCCUCGAUAAGAUGUAUUACGUCGUAUUUUGGGACGAAUACUGCCAAGUCGUUCCCGAUUCUUGGGUAAACUUUAAUGCAAAAACAUUUACGUUUCCAUUGUCUAAAAAAAAUAUUACCAAUACAAUAAAGAAGAAGAUAAGUCCUGGAAAUGAUUGGAACAUCAGUCAUUUUCAUAAAAUUUUAGGACCUUACAAUACAUUUGAUAAGGCUCGGGAAGCAGAAAAAUCUUGUAUUGAUAUAUCCACUUCGGAUGAUAUUCAAUUUGCUUCUUUAAAUGAACCAAUCCAAACAUUGCCUCUGAAACGUUUGAUAACGAAAAAAAAAUUUUAUGACGAUGAAUCGAAUAAUUACGUGAAUAAUUGUAAUAUUUCCAAGAAAUAUAAAUCAAAUCAACAUCCCCCAUCAAAUUAUAAAAUACACGAAGGGAUUGGAGCUACAUCUACAAAUGUUGAACUUGAGAAAAAUUCAUUACAUUUUAGAUCAGUGAGUUCGGAAUAUAACGUGCAGAAGCGGGAGGAAGAUAAAAUUUUAUCCGUCAAAAAUAAUCCAUCUAAUUGCAAUGUCCCUUCACCUUUAAAUGAACACCAAUUUUCAAUUCAAGUUUUUCAUGAGGAUGAGCAAGAUGAUGAAGAGAUGACGGAUGAUACUAAUUCUCGUGAUUAUGAUCGGAACAUCGAUAAUAAGGAAAAUGAGAUAAUUGCGAUGAAGGCUCUCCCAAUUACAGAAAUGAAUGUAGACGAGGAUAUACAUGUAAUUAUAAGUUCUUUAUAUGAAAAAGUAGAUACUUUACAUCAAGACUUUCAACAAUUCAAAACAGAGAUAAAACACGAAGCAGCUAAAAAUAACACAAAAUUGAAAGAAAUAGUUGCUAUUUUAAGAGAAAGUUUCCAAAGAAAUGAAGAAAAUGAAGCAAUAACUAUGGAUUUAAUGCCUGAAUUUCCAAUGACAUCCGUCGAGGAAUACGUACAAUUUAAUGAAACAUUGAAAAAUGAUGAAGCAAUUCGUAAAUGUUUUGAAAAGAAAAUAAAGUGUAUUGGUGGUGACUCUACACAAAAAAUGAUCUCCAAUAUACUCACAUAUUGCAUAACAUUUGAUGUAGGACACAAGUUGACUUGGACUGGUGCAAAAAAUACUAUCGCAAUCGAAAAUACAACUUUUGCAAACAUUAUAGUUAGUACUGUCAAUCGUACAAAAGGAAAUGGACCUGACUGUACCAUUGCAUUGAUUGUCAAGCAUGUAAAAAACUGGCUGCAACAUGCAGGUGAUAAAAUGAGAUAUCGAAACAAAAAAGUGCAACAAUAAAUUACUCUGUAAUUAGUAUACAGAGUGCCCGAUAAUUCCGCUAAAAACCGCGAUAUGAAAAUAGAUUAAGUGAAACUGAAAAAACAAUUCCUCUAUGAUUUUGCGAAGAACGACGUAAAAUUGUGUUAUUAAUUAAAGAAAUUAGCUAAUGAUCAAUUAAUUAAUAAUUCUAUAUUUUAUGUGGUUCUUCGCAAAAUGAUAUAGGAAUUUUUUCUUCAGUUUCACCUAAUCUACCUGUACAUCGUGUUUCUAAAGCGAGUUACCGCACAGCCUGUAUACUUAAUAAUAAGAAAUUAAUUAAUUAUAUCUUGCAUGGGCGUUGCCAGGAGGAGGCAGAGGAAGACGGUCCCCUAAACGUAGAAAAAAAUUUAUUUUUUUAUACGAAGGCGCUGAAGUUUUUUUUUUAUUUUUUACCGGCAAUAAAGUGAUAAAAUUUAUAUAAUUUUUUUGCAUUGAAUGCUUAAAUUGAAAGAGGUGGCUUGUAUAUGGUCUGCCUGAAAAAAAAUUCUGGCUACGCCCAUAUCUUAACAAGCAAGUAACGUUUUAACGCAAACAAUGUUGUUACGUUAUAUAAUUUAUAUGAAAACAUAUUUUAUUAUAAAAC